CCAGUACCAGACAUUAAACGUACUUUAAAAUAGAAUUCAAAGUUUUUCGUGUAAUGACACAUUAUUUAGAAUUAUGCGUUCACUUUUUCAUGAGUGCAACUCUCCUUUUUGGCCGCUUAUGCUCAAUUUUGAUCGGGCUUGAGAUUCAUUUAAAAUCGAAAGUAGAAUAAAUACAGAGAAGAAUGGAAAGCGACGACAGUCUAGUUGACGAUGAAUUGCAGCCACAGGCACUUGCUGUCAGCGUCGAGGAUAAUGACGAUUUUGAUCUGAACAUUCCACCGACGUCUGGAAAUGAAUACUUACGCAGAGUGAGAGAGGAGGCCAAAGAUUGUCCCCAGAUAGUAGUGGCUGAUAUAGACACGUCUCCAUUCCUACAUAGACAGACAGUGAAGAUCAGAGAGUAUGGUGGUCAAUUUCCCGCACCAAAGGGAUAUACCCCUGAUUUACAAUGGCAGAAGAUGCAGACAGCCAAUUUUGCUGAACUUCGUCAGAAACUCCAAAGACAGAAAGUUCUGAUGGCAAAGAAAGGUUUACUGAAAAGAGACAAAUUG